AUACGCAUCACCGCCCACCGCUGGCGAGCAUGAGCAGCCAUCCGCUCCAGCUGUCCUUUCAGACUGGGAAAAAGCAGGUUGCGGGAAAAGUUUGCGAGUACGUGAAAAUCUAGUUUAGUAGUUCGAGUGGCGAAGGCCAAAUACCGGAGCGCACAGAGCUCGGAUCCUACUCGUUGGAUUAAAAUUAUGGAUGCUUUGAAGUCGGCUGGGAGAGCCAUUAUUCGGAGCCCUAGUAUUGCUAAGCAAUCUUGGAGUUAUGGCAAACACAAAAAGCUGCCAGAGAAUUGGACGGACACACGGGAGACUCUGCUGGAGGGGAUGGUGUUCCAGCUGAAGUACCUGGGCGUUACGCUGGUCGAGCAGCCCAAGGGCGAGGAGCUGUCCGCCGCCGCCGUCAAGAGGAUUGUUGCCACGGCAAAAGCGAGUGGAAAGAAGCUGCAGAAAGUGACGUUAGUAGUCUCCCCACGAGGAAUCAUCCUGUACGACAGUGCCUCAAACCAGCUCAUAGAGAAUGUCUCCAUAUACAGGAUAUCCUACUGCACAGCAGACAAGAUGCACGAUAAGGUGUUCGCCUACAUCGCCCAGAGUCAGAGCAACCAGGCCCUCGAGUGUCACGCAUACCUAUGCACCAAGAGGAAAGUGGCGCAGGCAGUAACGCUCACGGUGGCUCAGGCCUUCAAAGUGGCGUUUGAGUUCUGGCAGUCUGCCAAAGAAGACAAAGAGAAGAGGGUGAAGUCGGGCUCGGAUGGAGAAGGAGCCGGCAGCUCCCAGUCGGAGAGCUCCGCCAGCCUGAGCAGCGUCAGCAGAGGAGAGGUGGCCACGGGGACCCUGCUGGACCUGGGGGACGGCGCCAUCGCGGCCAUGGUGCACUCGGGGCCUGAGGGAGCGCACACGCGCAACGCGCACACCUCGGAGAACAACAACACAGUAUGGGAGCUGGAGGAUGGACUGGACGAAGCUUUUUCAAGCCGCAGUCUGGAUAGCUUUGAGUCAUCCACAGUCCUGCCGGGUCGAUGGUCUUGGAGGAGCCAGGAUAGGAGGCAUGAGAGGAACACCUACUCGCUGAGUCUCGCACUAACCCCCAGGUCUUGGACAUUGGGGUGAGCCCUCAGGACCUCCAGGCAGAGGAGUGCCUGUCGCCUAGCAACACGGAGCAGGCGGAUGGAGAGGACUCGUUUGGCUUCUAAUGUCUUGGACAAAAGGGAGAUGACUGAGGGGAAAGUACAGAGGACAGGCUUGCUGCUGGACCAGAGAAGACAUGCCUUGCUCCACCUAGAAGCUCUAGCUGGAAUCAUCUCGUCCCGUAUGGUGCGACAUGAACUUCUGGUCACCUCUAGAACUCGAACCAAAGCAAAGCAAUAUAACUGAUGUUUAUUUACUUUUUUAUUUUUACUUUCCUUUUUCUUUGAUCUUUCUUCACUAAUUACAUUUGGUUUUGAAAAUGUUGCCCCAGUCCUUUGUUACAAACAAAGUUACUUUCUGAGUUUGUUUUAUUUGAAUCCAAUGGUUUAUGUUUGUAUGUCCUGAUGUAUUUGUGUAAACAAUUUAUAAGACAUGGCUUAAAGGACAAAUCCGGUGAGUUUUCACAUAGAUUUCCGUUUCUCAAGGUCACCGAGUACUGUUGAUUUUACCUAGCUCGAGUUGCAAUAGCCAGCAGUUAACACAACCAAACAGCUGCAGCGCUGCACUCUGGGGCAUGUACAUGGGAGCUCACAGACUGUGAACUCCCAGAGUGAAGUGCCCCUAGAUGCCUGGCUGUAGCAACUAGAGCUAAGUAAAACCAAUCGUUUUCAUUUUGUUUAAUACAGACAGUACUCGGUGACCUCAAGAAACGGAGAUCUAUGUGAAAACUCGCCGGAUUUCUCCUGUAAAUGUAUUAUAAUUUAUCAGUUGCAGAGUGAUUGGUUGAGGUGGUUUUGAGAGAUUAAAGUAGUUGCUGCAACUCUGAAAAUGCAGGUCCAAGUCUAGACAUCCUUCAAGAUGUGGAGACUGACUCCUUGUGUGCGUGCGUGCGUGUGUGUGUGCGCGCGUGCGCUUGUCUGUUGGGCUGAGGGUUUGCAUUCACAGCAUUUUGCAUUUGUCAACUCUAUGGUGGCCUCAUAGUAGCAGUCACAAAUGCCAAAAGAAAAAUAAGUAAUUUUGAUCUAAGCUUAAGAAAAACUAACUGACUCAUUAGACCUAUGGUCAGUGCCAGGUAUGGCUUGCUGCAUCAUCAGAUGAGGGUCAGUAAACAUAAUAUGGCUAUAGUUUUUGCUAUAGAAGAUAACCUUAUUUUUUCUACAAUUAAUAUUUUUGCACUCUCUUUACCCCUCAGUCCUUUUAUAGAGUGAAUUGAAUUCAUUGUAGUUUCCCUCAGUCUCAUCCUUCUCACACGUUUCACUAAUCAGAAAUUACGAAUUUCUCACCUUGCUUUCACUAUUACUCAUCAAUUUACUGAUGACAACAGCAUAUUUUGUUUAUCAUCGUUACCAAGCAAGCGGGAUGUUGGGCAGAAGUGUAUCUUCAGGAGAUGAACAGAUUCAUUAAUGUGGAAUGUUUCAUGUCUGAAAUGGUUUAAUGUCGGGUCCUUGACUUGUAGAGGGAGUAUUGGUUGUGCUACCUGACCUCUCUCGUUUGUACAGUUAUCACAAUCCAACCACAUGAAGUGAAUCAGCUCUCUUCCUCCUUCAUUUCUUGUCAUUGUUUAUUGCAAAGUUGAGGAAAGAAGUUUACAUUCAAACACAAGAUGUCAGUGUUAGUCUUUAGACAUUUUUGUUACAUUUUUUGGUAGUCAUUAAAAUAUAUUACAUUUCUGACCAUCACAUGCUAUGCCCUCUGAAUUUAAUAAACUGUGAUAUCAAA